UACAUCCCAAGCCUAAGCAUGACGUACAUGGGGCUAAAGUCGUUCUUCGGGAGUCUGUCCCGGACGAAGCCUCUGGAGCCCGACGGAGAGAAGUCCACGUUUAACCGAUGCCUGACCACCUUGGACCUGGUGGCGCUCGGUGUGGGUAGCACCCUCGGAGCCGGCGUCUACGUCCUCUCUGGAGAAGUGGCCAGAGAGUCGGCCGGGCCCAGCAUCAUCAUCUCUUUCUUCAUUGCCGCCCUGGCAUCCAUAUUCGCCGGAUUGUGCUACGCAGAAUUUGGCUCCAGAGUUCCUCAAACGGGCUCGGCGUACCUUUACAGCUAUGUGACGGUCGGGGAGCUGCUGGCUUUUAUCACCGGGUGGAAUUUACUUCUCUCUUAUGUCAUAGGGACAUCCAGUGUUGCGCUUGCGUGGAGUGGGACGUUUGAUGACCUCAUCGGGGGCAUCAUGUCCAAAUACUUGGAAGAGAAUGCAGCAAUGGGCCUUCCAGGGUUGGCACGCUAUCCAGAUGUGUUUGCUGCUUUUCUCGUUAUGCUUCUAUCUGGUUUGCUCUCCUUUGGUGUGAAAGAGUCAACCUCCAUCAACAAGGUCUUCACAGGGGUCAACAUCCUGGUCCUGGUCUUUGUCGCCAUCUCAGGCUUCAUCACAGGAGACAUCGCGAACUGGCAAAUCAGCGAAGACCAAUUGCUCAACGCCACAGCGCAAGCCAAUAACCUGAGCACGACCGCAAAUCUCACAAGCGAUUUUGGGGCCGGUGGCUUUUUCCCCUACGGUUUAAGCGGAACACUGGCUGGGGCAGCGACCUGCUUCUACGCCUUUGUGGGCUUUGACUGUAUCGCAACAACAGGUGAGGAGGUGAAGAAUCCUCAAAAAUCGAUUCCAGUGGGGAUUGUGGCCUCACUCCUGAUCUGCUUCCUGGCCUACUUUGCUGUUUCCGCCGCGCUCACCCUGAUGAUGCCUUACUAUCUGCUCAGCGAAAAAAGCCCCCUGCCGGUUGCCUUUGAAUACGUCGGCUGGGGUCCCGCCAAAUAUGUUGUGGCUGUGGGGUCAUUGUGUGCCCUGUCCACCAGCCUAUUGGGCUCCAUGUUCCCCAUGCCCAGGGUAAUGUUUGCCAUGGCGAGGGACGGACUUCUUUUUCAACCCCUGACCAAAGUCACCUCCAGGGGGAGUCCAGCUGUGGCUACCUUAUCCUCUGGAACUGUGGCAGCCAUCAUGGCUCUACUAUUUGACCUGGACGCAUUAGUGGAGAUGAUGUCAAUCGGGACCCUGUUUGCCUACACACUUGUGGCGAUAUGCAUCCUACUACUGAGGUAUCAGGUGACCCCAUCUGAUGACGGAGGACUACAAAUUAUUGAAUCCAACACCAAAUUUGGGUUCCUAAAGCCGCCAUCAUCUCCAAACUCAGACACCUCCAAGAGAGUCACUAUUCUGAUUUUAGUCUCUGUCACAUGCGUGACUGCUUUGUGCAUCACCCUGAGCCUGGCUAUUGAUGCCUUAUCCAACAUGGAGGCAUGGAGUGUGGUGCUCGUCUGUGUCCUCUCCAUUAUCCUGCUACUAGCUGUUUUUCUCAUCUGGAGGCACCCACAGAAUGCCAAGAAGGCAUCCUUCAUGGUGCCCUUACUGCCCGUGCUGCCCAUCGUGAGUGCACUUAUAAACGUCUAUCUCAUGUUCCAGUUAAAAGGUGCCACGUGGUUACGCUACGCCAUCUGGAUGGCAGUAGGCCUGCUCAUCUACUUUUGCUACGGGCUGCAUCACAGUGUUCAGAGACAGCGUCACAAAACCAACCUUUCAGCCGUCCAAACCAUCAGUGAAAAAUCAGACAAAGACAUCUUUAAAGAGUGCAAAUUUUGAGCGUUAGCGGGAUGGCGAGAGACAAAUAGAGAUGUUACUGUGAGUCCCUGUUUUUUUUUUUUUUUUUUGUCAACUAUGCGCACCUCUGGUGUUCCCUCCUACAAGUGUUAAGCAUCUGUGGGUCCCAAUGACUUUAGCACAAGCAGUUCACUCUUCCAACCAUUCCGCUUCGGUUUCCACAUUAUCCAUUUUAUGAAUCGUAUUUGCAUUUAUUGCCGAUUUGUUGCAAAGUCAUUCCUGCACCCGUGUGCUUUAUAAACUGUAGAAAAUGUAACAAGUAAAAACAAAUCAGCUGCUAAAAUGUGUACUUGUGACAUUUAUGUGUGUGAAAAUCUGAUUGUGAUUUAUUGAUAUUCAUUUUUUGUACAAUUAUUUUUUAUCAUGCGACGACCGUGAGAGCUUUUCUGAUUUUUGUUAGUUUAGUUUUAGUCACAUCCCAGCACAUUUCUUGUAUCUAAGUGUAAAUAUCAAGAGUGUACAUGUUUUCUAAUGAUGAAAUGUGUAUGUAUAUUUUAAUUAAAGAGAAACUAAUAUUUUCAA